AUUGUAAUGUUAAAUACAUUCUCUGCAACGCACAAUUAUCUGUUUUUACUUUUUCCGGGUGCACUAGGCAAUUCUAGCUUACCCUAAUAAAUUUCUUUUACAUAGAAAACGUAAGGUCUCCCUGCUCCCUCCUAGUCGUUUCGCCGUUUCCUGCCUUCAGCCUUCCUAAAGUACCUCACGACUCUUUCUUCUUCUCGUCUUCUAAAUUGUUGUCUCCUAGGCUGCCACUCUUCAUCAUUCUUUCAGAUUUAAUCAUUUUUCUUUUAUAUUUUAGAUUUUGACAAUGGGAAACUUUGAUUUGGAGUUUGAUUUGGUUUCUCUGUUUUUUUUUUUUUUUAAUUUAAGUUCAGCACUCAUAUGCCAUCUAAAAUCUGUGAAGUUCGACAUGGAUUGUGUUUGAAAUUUCCGAAGCUUGAGACCCAACGAAGGCCAUUUUUCAUUCAAGCAAGUAGUUUCAGAAUUUUUGAAUCUUUUAAAGGAGAAGAGAAAACAGUAUGUGUUCAUGGACUGCAGCAGAGUCAGACAUGGUAGUGAAGAAUCGGUUGGUAGGGUUCCUACUAUGGCAGUCGAUUCUAAGUAGCUUGAUUUUCUUGGUCUUCACGACAAUGAUCGUUACUUGGCACUCCCCCACAGCAAUCUUCACUUCCUUUUUCAGCUUUCAUCUCUCCCAGCUGCUGUUCUCUGUCUCCCUUUCAACUGUCUUAUCUCCCCAGCCUAAAUGUAGUAGUUUGCCGAUGUUGCUGGCAGCUGCAGCAGUUUCGGGCUUUGUCUUUGCAGUGUCUUUUUGUGGGUUCAAUGGAAGAGUAGGAUUUAAAGGUUUUGCUUCAGGGUUGUUCUAUGCCUUUUUUUAUGGUUAUAAGCGAAGAUGGGUAUUGCAGUUUCCCAUCAUUCAGCGUUCCCAUUUCUUUAGCUUCAAGAUGGGGAUCCCUUCUGCAACUACACACGCAUUAAAGCUUUCGGCUGCAGCAUAUCUAUUUUCAGCUCUGCUGUUGGCAUUUAUGCCACACCAUUUUAACACUGAUCUCAAGCUAGGAAACUUUUUUGCUUAUCAUAUAAUCUCUUAUGCCGUCAGCUUUUUUAUGUUUCUCUGUUGGGAAUUAACUCACCAUUUACAUCAGGUGCUACAUACAAAAAGGUUCAUAUUUGCACCACCAAAAGGAUCAGCAGCAGCAGAAACAAAUCCAAGUGAGCCUCUCCUAGCUGCGUUAGAGGAGAGCUCUCCAACUUCUCUUCUGAAAUAUCUUGCAUACCUUGAUCUAUGUAUGGUUUGUGAGAAUAAUGUUGAUUACUGGCGUCGAGCUGCCUUCUUUGAAGAAACUGGUGAGACUUACAGAAGAGUUGCAGCUGUAUGCAUGAGACCUUUGGAGCAGCUUGCAUCAAAGUUGGUCCAAGGUUUGGAAGGUUCUCUGGAUGAUAAAGCCUACCGAAUAUCUGACCAGUUGCAGUCAUCAACUAAUCCACGAUUGAAUUCAAAAUGCUACGAACUAAUGAAUGACUUCCAGCUAUAUACAUGGUCUGCUCGAGCAAUUGCUUCCUUGACUGCACACUCACGUAAAGAAGACAGAUUUGGAGUUGCUCAACUCUCUGGUAGCAAUGCUGCUGUUAUGUCAAUGCUUCUUGGUUGCCUGCUUGCUGUUGAAACGUUGAUGGGGAAAAAAUCAGGUUUGCAACCUUCUCAUCAUUCGAUGGGGUCAUUUGGUAUUAAAUUGGCUACAUUCAGUACUGGAAGAAGAGAUGCUAGAACAGGGAAAAGGAGGGACGACCCACUAUAUUCAAAAGCAUACGCCAUGGCUGAUGUCUUAAGGACUUCAAUUUACUGCAUUGUGUCUGCUUUCCACCGUGAGAUGCUGACUAGUGCCAAAGCUGGCCUUCUUGAAAAGGACUGGAUUACUGGUGGCAAACCUUCUUUUGGAACUCGCGAGUUGCUGUUGCAGAAAUUGCAUCUUUUCCUUGACUUUCAGGCUAGCUAAAUUAUGAUAAAAAAGAAAAGGAAAAAACAGGUAGAAAAUGGUAAAGCUGCAGAAGAUGACUGCUGGCUUUUCUCCGAUUUGGGCACGUCCCUUUCCUGCUGCUUUCCUCAAGCGCAAAUCAGCGGUUCUGGAAAUUAACCAAAUGUGAGAAUGAGAAUAUGGGCUUUCCAUUAUUAUUUAAAAGAAAACCUAAGUUCUUGCUAAAUUAUGAUAUGAUCGAUAUGAUCAACUGUCGCACAUGAAUUAAUUGAGCUAUUUAGUUACGAAGUUUGGCCA